AUGGGGUGGAUUGGAGGGGGAGGACUUGUGGUCAUGCUGCUGGCUCUGGUGGUAGGACAGGGGGAGUCCACGGCGAAGGCAUGCCCAGCUCAUUGCACCUGCCUGGGGACACUGGUGGACUGUCACGGCCUGGGGAUCAAAGCGGUGCCCAAAAACAUCCCCAAAGGAACGGAGAGAUUAGAUCUGAACGGGAACAACCUGACAGUCAUCACCAAGUUUGACUUCUCUGGACUCAAACACCUCAGAGUGCUACAUUUGAUGGAGAACCAGAUCACUAAUGUGGAACGAGGGGCCUUUGACGAUCUGAAAGAGCUGGAGAGACUUCGAAUAAACAGGAACCGUCUGACACAAAUCCCUGAGCUGCUGUUUCAGAAGAAUGAAGCCCUAUCCAGACUAGACUUGAGCGAAAACAUGAUCCAGGCCAUUCCCCGGAGAGCGUUCAGAGGAGCCAUCGACCUCAAAAACCUUCAGUUGGAUAAGAACCACAUCAGCUGCAUUGAGGAGGGAGCCUUCAGAGCUCUGCGCUCUCUGGAAGUGCUGACUCUCAACAACAACAAUAUCACCACAAUCCCUGUGUCCAGCUUCAACCACAUGCCCAAACUGCGCACUUUCCGCCUCCACUCAAACUCUCUGCGCUGUGACUGUCACAUGGCCUGGCUGUCUCCAUGGCUACGGCAGAGACCCGCCUUGGGUCUGUUCACUCAGUGCAGUUCCCCUCCUGUUCUGAGGGGGCUCAACCUGGCCGAGCUACGAAAGAGUGACUUCGCCUGCUCUGGUCAGGGCGUGAGUGCGUUUGUGCAGCCCUGCAGUUUGGCAUCUGGCUCCUGUCCUCCCAUGUGCACCUGCUCCAACAACAUUGUGGACUGUCGAGGCAGGGGACUCACCGCCAUCCCAGCGCACCUGCCCGAAGCCAUGACAGAGAUCCGUCUGGAGCAGAAUGGCAUAAAAUCUGUCCCUCCAGGAGCAUUCACUUCCUACAAGAAACUGCGCAGGAUUGACCUGAGUAACAACCAGAUUUCAGAGAUCGCACCUGAUGCUUUCCAUGGACUAAAGGCCCUCAACUCACUGGUCUUAUAUGGGAACAAGAUCACUGAGCUGCCUGAGGGAGUGUUUGAUGGACUGUCGUCUCUAGAGCUGCUGUUGUUGAAUGCCAAUAAGAUCCACUGUGUCCGGGCCACAGCCUUUAAAGACUUGGAGAACCUAGCUCUGCUCUCUCUUUAUGACAACAAGAUCCAGAGUGUGGCCAAAGGGACAUUCAACGCACUGCACAGUAUUCAGACACUUCACCUGGCUCAGAACCCGUUCGUGUGUGAUUGUCAUGUAAAAUGGCUGUCUGACUUCUUGAGGGCCAACCCCAUAGAAACGAGUGGAGCACGCUGUGCCAGUCCACGAAGACUCACCAACAAACGCAUCGCACAGAUCAAGAGCAGCAAGUUUAGGUGCUCCGCCAAAGAGCAGUAUUACAUCCCAGGUUCAGAUGACAAGCGUCUGACGUAUGAGUGUAACAGUAAACCUGUGUGUCCGUCCAAAUGUCGCUGUGAGGCCAAUGUAGUCGACUGUUCUAACCUCAGACUCACCAAGUUCCCCGAGCACCUGCCCCCCGCCACUGAGGAGCUGCGUCUGAACAAUAAUGACCUCCCCGUGUUGGAGGCCACUGGUGCAUUCAAAGGCCUCAAACAACUCAAGAAAAUAAACCUGAGUAACAAUAAGAUCUCAGAGAUAGAGGACGGUGCGUUCGAGGGCGCCUCUUCAGUGGUGGAGCUGCACCUCACAGCGAACCACCUGGAGUCUGUGAGAGGAGCCAUGUUCAGAGGCAUGGACGGACUGCGCAUGCUGAUGCUGAGGAAUAAUAAGAUUAGCUGUAUUCACAAUGGCAGCUUCACUGGGCUCCCUCACGUCCGGCUCCUGUCUCUGUAUGACAACCAGCUCAGCACCAUCCUCCCAGGGGCUUUCGACGCCCUGCCCAACCUCUCCACUUUAAAUCUGCUGGCAAACCCAUUUAAAUGUGACUGUCGUUUGUCAUGGUUUGGGGCGUGGCUUCGAAGUCGUAGAAUUGUCACAGGCAACCCUCGCUGUCAAAGCCCUGCCUUCCUCCGCGAGAUCCCCUUACAGGAUGUCGCCACCCCAGACUUCAGAUGUGAAGAUGGAAGCUGGGUGGAUGACUCUCUGUGUGGCCCCGGGCCCCUGUGUCCUGCUCAGUGCACCUGUGUGGACACUGUGGUCCGCUGCAGCAACAAGCACCUGCAGAGUCUGCCCCGAGGACUGCCCCGCAACCUCACCGAACUUUACCUGGAUGGAAACCAGUUCAUCAGUGUCCCUAAAGAGCUGGCCUCAUUCAAGUAUCUGCAGCUUGUUGAUUUGAGCAACAAUAAGAUCAGUUCUCUGUCAGACGACUCCUUCUCCAACAUGAGCCAACUCACCACUCUGAUCCUCAGUUACAACUCUCUUCGCUGCAUCCCUCCUCAGGCCCUGGCAGGACUGCGCUCACUCCGACUGCUUUCUCUCCACGGAAACGAGAUCUCAGAGCUGCAGAAGGGAAUCUUCAGUGACGUGGCCUCACUUUCUCAUCUAGCAAUCGGAGCUAACCCUCUGUAUUGCGACUGCCGGUUGCUAUGGUUAUCAGACUGGGUGAAGAGUGGGUAUAAGGAGCCGGGUAUCGCGCGCUGUGCUGGACCAAAGGGCAUGGAGGGGAAACUGCUGCUCACCACGCCCGCAGACAAGUUCCAGUGCAACGGCCCAGUGGAGGAGUGGGUGCAGGUGAAGUGCAGCCCCUGUGUCUCGUCUCCGUGUUUAAACCAGGGCCAGUGUCAUGACGACCAGAGUCAGGAGUACAGCUGCACCUGCCCCACCGGAUUCACUGGGAAACACUGUGAGACUCCAGUGGACCCGUGCGUGAGUGAACCCUGUACCAAUGGAGGCACCUGUAUCAGUGAUGAGCAGACCGGAGGGUUCAGCUGUGCGUGUGCUUUUGGUUUCCACGGGGCAUUCUGCGAAGUGAAUAUUGACGAUUGUGAAGAUCACGGUUGUGAGAACGGCGCCACCUGUGUGGACGGAGUGGGAAACUACACCUGCCUCUGCCCCCCAAACUACACAGGACUGUUGUGUGAAGAGGAAGAGGAUGUGUGCGCUCCAGGAAGAAACCCCUGUCUCCACCAGUCCACCUGCAUUAGUGCUCCAAGUGGCCCCAGGUGUGUGUGUGCGCCGGGUUGGGUGGGUCCUGAUUGUGGCUCUGAUUAUGAUGAGUGUUUGAACCACCGCUGUCAGAACGGAGCUCAGUGCGUCGACAAACUAGACGGAUACAGCUGCCUCUGCCCCAAAGGAUUCAGUGGAGACCUGUGUGAAGUGCGGCCCUCCGGCCCUUCUCCGUGUGGGGCCAUAGUCUGUCAGAAUGGGGCAUUGUGCGUGCAGCUUUCUGGCGCCCCCCAGUGCCAGUGUGCCGCAGGGUUUGAGGGCCCAAGCUGUGAGAGACUGGUCAGUGUGAACUUCAUCAACAGAGACUCAUACGUCCAACUGCCGGAGGUGCCCAACUGGAGCCAGGCCAAUAUCACUCUACAGGUGUCCACAGCUGAAGAUAAUGGUAUAUUACUGUACAAUGGAUAUGACGAACCAAUUGCUGUGGAGCUUCACCAAGGCCGUGUCCGAGUCACCUACGACCCCGGCAACCAGCCCGCCAGCGCCAUCUACAGUGCAGAGACGGUGAACGAUGGGCACUUCCACACAGUUGAGCUGGUGACUUUUAACCACAUGGUGAACCUUUCUGUGGAUGGAGGAGAGCCUCAAAGUCUGGACAGUCUGGGCAGGAGUCAGAGCACCGCGACAGAGACACCGCUGUACGUGGGAGGGAUGCCAGAGGAGGUGCUGCCCCCCUCCCUCUCUCUCUCCUCCACUCCUCUGAACAUCUCCAGUUUUCACGGCUGCAUCAGAAACCUGUACAUAAACCACGAGCUGCAGGACUUUACUCAGACUCACAUGAAGCCGGGGGUGGUGCCUGGGUGUGAGGCCUGUGCCAAAGUGCCCUGUGUAAACGGACUCUGCCAGCCCAAUGCAGCACUGGGCCCUCAGUGCGUCUGUCACCUGGGCUGGAGUGGGGAGCUCUGUGAUCAGCCAAUCUCAGCGAGCCUCACAGGAAGUGAUGUCGUCACCAAGGCCACAGAGCCCAACCCAUGUGAAAACAGCAAGUGUGUUAGGGGGCGCUGUGUGGUGCUGGACUCUCAAAUGUACCGCUGUGAAUGUGAGCCGGGUUUCCAUGGUGUGCUGUGUAACCAGAAGGGGGCGCCGGCUCCGCUGUGCCAAGGCCUGCCCUGUGUGAAUGGAGUGUGUGAGCAGACGGAGAGGGGUGAGAGCUGCACCUGUAACCAGGGCUUCACUGGACAGAGCUGCGACAUCGAGUCUCCUUGUCGCGGCGAGCCAGUGCGAGACUUCCACAAACUGCAGAGAGGAGGCCUGCGUUGUCAGACCACCAAGCCCUUCUCGUGGGUGGACUGUAGGGGGCGCUGUCAGGCCGGGGCAGAGUUGAGCCUCAAUAACACAUCGUACUGCUGCUCGCCGCUAAGGGUGCGUAGACGGAAGCUAACAUUCGAGUGCGAGGAUGGGACAACCGUCACUCAGGAUGUGGAGAAGCCUGUGGAGUGUGGCUGCAAGGAGUGUCUUUAG